GACCAUCUCCAAUACCUCAGACCUAGCGGAAAGGAUGUCAUAACCAGCCGGUCUGCGCUCAGGCUCCUCCCCGUGCUGGAAGCUCAUGGGCCAUGCGGGCACCACACUGGCAGGCGCACUGGAGACCCUGGAGUUGAGUCCAUCCUUCACUCUGGCGUGUUCACCGAUUCCUCCAGGCACAGCCGUCCCCUGGGCCGUCCCCUGAGUAGUGUGCAGGCGUGGGUCCACCAGAAGCCGGCUGUGCGGUGGAGGGUGUGGGGCUUGCUCCAGCUCAGCCCAGCUGUGACGUGGGGUCUGUUUGUCAUCGUGCCUCAUCCAUGGAGACUUCUAGCUGUAGUAGCGUCCCCCUGCUCUGCCCUCAGCUUCCCUGAUGGUGUCCACAUGAAAGCCCUGUGUCCUCCAGAACUGGCAUGCCCAGAGGUGGACACUGUGGAGCCCACUGCCCUGCAGCUCACUGCUCCCACUCUGACCCCCACCUGGAACUGAGUGCCAGUCCAGGGAGGCGCUUCGUUUCUGUGGCAGUGGACACGGGGGAUGUCUAGGCAGCAGGAAGGCAGCAUGUGGUGCCACAUUCUGCUCGUCACAGCCGGUGCUCAGGAGAUGCUGUGGGGAGAGGGAUUUUCCUGCUGGACAGGAGAGCCACUGCAUGCAGCCUCACAUUGAGUCCUGCUUCUGGGUUGGUUCUUCAAGAUGCCAGCAGCCACAGCACACCAACCCAAAGCACCCACCAGAGCAGGUGGCGCCUACGUCACGAGAAGGCCUUUGGAAGUCACAGUCUGAGAAAAUCAGAAGUCUCCUGCAGAGGGCAGACUCCUGCGCUGUGCUACACAGGGGUACAGUGCAGGAGUCUUCCAGGAUCUCUGCCAGCCAGGGUGAUGAGCAGGAGAGACAGGCCAGCUGUACAGGAAGACUGGGUCAUGACUCAGCACCCCAGCAACCUCUGCUCCCUCGGGGUCUGGCUGCACCUUGAGAGGCCCCCAGAUUCUCAGUGGUAAAGUCAGCCGUGGAGAAUCUCUGCUCUCACAAAGCCUCUGCCACGCUCUACAAGCAGCUGCGCCAGGUCUGCGAGGACCACGUCCAGGCUCAGAUCCUUCCAUUUAGAGAAGAUGCGCUCGACAGCCUCGUGUUCCUGAAGAAGAUCAACGCCUGCUGGCAGGAUCACUGCAGACAGAUGAUCAUGGUCAGAGGCAUCUUCCUGUUCUUGGACCGCACCUACGUCCUGCAGAACUCCCUGCUGCCCUCCAUCUGGGACAUGGGAUUGGAGCUUUUCAGAAACCACAUCAUCAGUGACAAGAUGGUUCAGAGUAAGACCAUCGACGGGAUCCUCCUACUGAUCGAACGGGAGCGCAGUGGUGAAGCCGUGGACAGGAGCCUGCUGCGCAGCCUGCUGGGCAUGCUCUCAGACCUUCAGGUGUACAAAGAUUCGUUUGAGCUGAAAUUUUUGGAAGAAACUAAUUGUUUAUAUGCUGCAGAAGGCCAAAGAUUAAUGCAAGAGAGAGAGGUCCCCGAGUACCUUAACCACGUGAGUAAACGUCUGGAGGAGGAGGGAGACCGCGUGAUCACAUACCUGGACCACAGCACACAGAAACCACUGAUAGCCUGUGUGGAGAAGCAGCUGCUGGGAGAACACUUGACAGCGAUUCUGCAGAAAGGACUUGACCACCUGCUGGAUGAGAACAGAGUGCCCGACCUCACGCAGAUGUACCAGCUGUUCAGCCGGGUGAAGGGCGGGCAGCAGGCACUGCUGCAGCACUGGAGCGAGUACAUCAAGACUUUCGGGACAGCGAUUGUCAUCAACCCUGAGAAGGACAAAGACAUGGUGCAGGACCUGCUGGAGUUCAAGGACAGAGUGGACCACGUGGUGGAGGUGUGCUUCCAGAGGAAUGAGCGCUUCGUCAACUUGAUGAAGGAGUCCUUUGAGGCCUUCAUCAACAGGAGGCCCAACAAGCCCGCUGAGCUCAUCGCUAAGCACGUGGACUCAAAGCUACGGGCAGGUAACAAGGAAGCCACAGAUGAGGAGCUGGAGAGGAUCCUGGACAAGAUCAUGAUACUCUUCAGGUUCAUCCACGGCAAAGAUGUCUUUGAAGCGUUUUAUAAGAAAGAUUUGGCAAAAAGACUCCUCGUUGGAAAAAGUGCCUCAGUUGAUGCCGAAAAGUCGAUGCUAUCGAAGCUCAAGCAUGAGUGCGGGGCUGCCUUCACCAGCAAGCUGGAGGGCAUGUUCAAGGACAUGGAGCUUUCCAAGGACAUCAUGGUGCACUUCAAGCAGCACAUGCAGAACCAGAGUGCCCCGGGCCCCAUCGACCUCACAGUGAACAUCCUCACCAUGGGGUACUGGCCCACCUACACGCCCAUGGAAGUGCACCUGCCUCCGGAGAUGGUCCGCCUCCAGGAGGUGUUCAAGACCUUCUACCUGGGCAAGCACAGUGGCCGGAAGCUCCAGUGGCAGACCACCCUGGGGCACGCUGUCUUAAAGGCGGAGUUUAAGGAGGGGAAGAAGGAGUUCCAGGUGUCCCUCUUCCAGACGUUGGUGCUGCUCAUGUUCAAUGAGGGAGACGGAUUCAGCUUUGAGGAGAUAAAAGUGGCCACCGGGAUAGAGGACAGUGAACUGAGAAGAACUCUGCAGUCCCUGGCCUGUGGCAAAGCGCGUGUUCUGAUCAAAAGCCCCAAAGGAAAGGAGGUGGAAGAUGGAGACAAAUUCCUCUUCAACGCAGAAUUCAAGCACAAGCUGUUUAGAAUAAAGAUCAACCAGAUCCAGAUGAAGGAAACCGUUGAAGAACAAGUCAGCACUACUGAGAGAGUGUUUCAGGAUAGACAAUAUCAGAUUGAUGCUGCUAUAGUCAGAAUCAUGAAGAUGAGGAAGACUCUUGGUCACAAUCUUCUAGUUUCUGAGCUGUAUAACCAGCUGAAGUUUCCAGUCAAGCCUGGAGACCUGAAGAAGAGAAUUGAAUCUCUGAUAGACAGAGACUACAUGGAGCGAGACAAGGACAGUCCCAACCAGUACCACUACGUGGCCUGACGUGCCGGCGGACCCUCGUCUCCAGCAAAGCCCACGUGAGACGCCCUGCAGAGUACUGAAGCCUGCUCUCUCCCAGGAGCCUGCUGCUGGACGCUGGGGACCCUUUGACUCACUGGGCAGGGAGACGACCAGGCCAUCUCUCCAUGGCACAAGGGUUUUCACAUGACACGUACCUUUCCCUCCAGUUCUUCCUCUAGUUCUCUUAGGCAUUUAGAUGGUUUGUUGCUCUGUGCAGAAUGACUUUGAGGUUGGACACAGGUGGUAGUUGACAGGAGUCCUUCACAAGGUCCUGCUGUUGUGGAGGGAGCCCCCAGUGGGUUUGUGUGGUGUGUGUGUGUGUGUGUGUGUGUGUGUGUGUGUGUGGUCCCGAGUGCACAAUGAAGAGACCCUUCAUGCUGCAUCAAAGUCCCGAAGUGCUCUGGCUGACGAGCCUCAGAGUGAAAACAGGAGCCCUUCACUGGCGACUGGGAAGAAAGUCAGGGUCUCAGUGGCAGUUUGACGAAGCAGCCUGAGACCUUCAUCUGUGUUUCAGGGGUCCCAAAAAGGUUUAAGCUGUGGCAACGGAUUUCUGUACAUCGAGCUUGAAAGUGAGGUCCCCAUGUGAUUGCACUGAGCAAGGCGCACGGCCAGCGGCCUGCAGCAGACUUGAAAGCCCUCUGCUGAGGGCUUGGAGCCGGGUUCCUGUUUUCUUUCUGAGGUUGAGUCCGGCAAUCCCGCUUGGGCAUCGGGCACCUGCAUUUGGUUUCCUAACUUGCAGUAUUCGUGUGAUGACUAUGAUAAAGUUUGGUUUGUUUGGUUUUCCAGUCCUGAGCAGGGACUGUCCUGUUCUCUGCCCCACACUGCAGGAAGUCUUCUAGCAGACUUAACAGUCCCGACAUUGCGACACAGCAGUUAUGUUGUCAAAGGAUCACAGGGUUUUGUUAGUUCCUGGUUACACAUGAACACACACGAGGCAGAACCAGAAUUGAGUGGAGACGUUACUAUGGCAACAAUGACAAAGAUGCUCUUUGAGAACACUGAAAAGUACUUCUAUUUUGCAGAGUAGCAUGUUUCAUUUUGAUUAAAAGCUACCAAAGGAAUUUUGAUCAUGGUAUUGUGUUUGAAGCAAUAUUUUCUGGAAUAUACCAAGUUUAUAUAAUUUGAUUUUAUGCUAAAUUUAUUAAAGGAUUCUCCCUUUUUGAGACA